AAGAAACUCAGUCGGAGUGAACAGUUUUUCUGUGUCGUGUUUUCAUUAAUAUCUUUGGACUCUUAAACUAGUUAGCCUAAACAGCUAACAAGAGUUACCAAAAGAUAUCACAAAAGUAAACACAGCUAAUCACUUACAGCAAUGUCAUCCUUCAAUACUGCGAUGACUGAAAAGCUUCAGUGUUCAAUCUGUCUGGAUGUAUUUACUGAUCCAGUCAGCACUCCAUGUGGACACAACUUCUGCAAGAUCUGCUUGAAGACAUGUUGGGACAACAGUGAGAACUACAGCUGUCCAAACUGUAGAGAAACAUUCAAGCAAAGACCUGAACUCAAGAUUAAUACAACACUCAGAGAUCUUGUGGAUGAACAUAAGAAAAAAACUGAAGAGAAACAACCUGAAGUCCUCUGUGACAUCUGUGAUGAAGUAAAACUGAAGGCUGUGAAGUCCUGUCUGGUGUGUCAGAGCUCUUACUGUGAAACUCAUCUGGGCCGUCAUUUGACAGUGACAGGUUUACAGAAACACAAACUGAUUGAUCCUGUAAAUAAUCUGCAGGAUUAUAUAUGUCAGAAACAUGAGAGACCUCUGGAGCUCUUCUGUAGAGAUGAUCAGACAUGUGUGUGUCUCAUCUGUACUGUCACAGAUCACAAGAAUCACAACUUUGUUUCUGUAAAGGAAGAGAGUGAAGAGAAGAAGAUUGAGCUGUUGAAGACACAGACAGAUGUGCAGCAGAAGAUCCAAGACAGAAUCAAGAAAAUUCAAGAUAUCAAACAUUCAGCAGAACUGAGUUUAUAAACUACUUAAGAAAGAAACACAGAGAAGGAGAAAGCAGCCAGCGUGGAGAUCUUCACUGAUCUCAUCAGAUCUAUUGAGAGAAGUCAGUCUGAUCUGAUGAAGAUGAUGGAGGAGAAGCAGAAAGCAGCAGAGAAACAGGAUGAAGAUCUCAUUAAAGAUCUGGAGCAGGAGAUCACUGAGCUGAAGAGAAGAAACACUGAGCUGGAGAAGAUCACAAACACUGAAGAUCAUCUACACAUCAUACAGAUUCACUCAUCCAUCUGUAGGCCUUUAAACAUCAAGAACUGCCCUGAGAUCAGUAUGAAGAGUCAUGUGAGUGUGGUGGAGAUCAGGAGAUCUUUGACUCAACUGCAGGAGACUCUGAAUGAGAAACUCAGUCAAGCUGUGUUGAAGUGGAUGCAGCAGUAUGCAGUGGAUGUGACUCUGGAUCCUGAUACAGCAAAUCCAUAUCUCAUCCUGUCUGAUGAUAACAAACAAGUGAGAUAUGAAGACAUUUGGCAUGAACUCCCAGACAACCCAAAGAGGUUUAAUAUGUAUCUUAUUGUCUUGGGAAAGCAGGGAUUCUCAUCAGGGAGAUUUUAUUAUGAGGUUCAGGUGAAGGGAAAGACUGACUGGACUUUAGGUGUGGCCAGAGAAUCUGUUAAAAGGAAGGGAAUAAUCACACAGACACCAGAUGAUGGAUUCUGGACUGUGGCUCUGAUGAAUGAGAAUGAAUAUAGAGCUAAUGCUGGUCCUGAUGUCUCUUUGUCUCUGAAAGUAAAACCACAGAAGGUGGGUGUGUUUGUGGAUUAUGAGGAGGGUUUGGUCUCCUUUUAUGAUGUGGAGUCCAGAUCUUAUAUCUACUCGUUCACUAAUCAAUCAUUCAAUGAGAAACUCUAUCCAUAUUUUAACUCAUGUGACAAUGAAAAUGGUAUAAACUCAGCCCCAUUGAUCAUAACACAUAUCUUCUGCAUGUCGGAAACAUGCAAUAUUAUGUAAUACUACAGAUCAUCUCAUAUAAAAACGCUCUAAUCUCAAUCCCACUGAUUAUUCAGAUAAGCAUAAUGAAUUUCAGUAAUCAAAAUAUAAAAAAUAGCUAUUAUAAGUUUUAUUUUUUUUUUAAUUUAUAAUAUAAGUUUUAUAAAUGAGACCCCUGAUCACUACUUUAGGCAGUGUUUGCAGAGUUUUGUGAUAUUUUGAGAGAAUGAAUCUUGUGGUUCAGUUUUCUUCAUCUGUAUUUGAUUUAUUUUGCAACCUUAAAGUCUGUAUCAACAGCUGAUGAUUGUAUUAUUACAUGCUUUACAGUCUCAUGAUUCAGAAAUGAAUCUCUCUCUCUGGAUCUAAUGAAAGCAGUGUGUUGUACAGAUAUGAGUUAUGUUUCUAUGUCAUCUUCUCUUUUCCAUCAAUAAUCAUCCAUAUUCUUGUUUGCUGUUGGGAUUUUGGCAAUGCAUUAGCAGCAAUAAAUGCCUCAUCACAAUGAAGUUACUCUGCCCACAAUGCUCAAACCUUUCCACAGGUCAGCAUCCUCACUUACAGAAGCAAUUUCAUUCAGAAGAGAUGUGAUCUCAGUGAACGUUUUUAGAGUGACAGAUACAGUAACUAAAUGGCUUGUCCACCUUGGUACAAGAAGCCGGUUGAGUCGCUCACCCUUGUAGUGCACAGCUAUUGUGUAUUUGUAUGAGGCAUUACACACAUUAAAAAAUCCAUCUCAAGGGUUAAGGCAGUGAAUAUAGGGUUUGUCAUUAAUAAGUUUAUCCUUUAACAGCUUCUGGACUCCACAAACCUGUUCUGACAUCAGAGAUGCGCUAUCAUGUACAAUCAUGUCCAACUUUGCCUAACCAAGAUCUUCUUUUUCAUUCAAAUAAAUAAUUAAAGAUGCAUUUAAAACUUUGUGUUCAUGUAUAUGUCAUCAAUUUAUUUGUACAGUAGAAAAUUAUUCUGUAGUUUCUA